CAGCAACUUUGCGGUUCUCCAACUUAAGGCGAGUCCGUUAAAUUGGUUUGUUUGAUCGAUUCUGCUUGAAAUUUCAUCGUCCAAAGCGCCACGAGUUAAAGAAGACAUGGAGAAGAUUUAGAGAAGUGUUCAAUCUGGUUAAUUUGUCGUCGAACGGAGACAACUGUUGAGCACUAGUGUUGGUGUGUGAGAGAAGAGCCUGCCCUGGAGAUGGGGGACCGGGAGCCUCCAGUGUUUGGGUCCCUGGAGGAAGAGCUGGAGUACUGGAAGGAGCAGGCUGCCAAGCACCAACAGAGUGCAGAGGAAGCUCAGGAGGAAUUGCAGGAGUUCCAGCAGAUGAGUCGGGACUACGAGGUGGAGCUGGAGACGGAGCUGAAGCAGUAUGAGGCGCGAAAUCGCGAGCUUCUGGCUGCCAACAACCGGCUGCGCAUGGAACUGGAAAACUAUAAGGAUAAGUAUGAGACGCAGCACUCCGAGGCCUGUCGGCAGAUCUCCAGCCUGGAGGGAGACCUGGCUGAAACCACUGCCGUCCGAGACCAGCUUCACAAAUACAUCAGAGAGCUGGAGCAGGCCAACGACGACCUGGAGAGGGCCAAGAGGGCGACCAUCAUGUCACUGGAGGACUUCGAGCAGAGGAUGAAUCAGGUCAUAGAGAGGAACGCCUUCCUUGAGAGCGAGCUAGAUGAGAAGGAGAACCUGUUAGAGUCCGUCCAGAGACUGAAGGACGAAGCCAGAGACCUGAGGCAGGAGCUCGCCGUGCAGCAAAAACAGCAGGUACAGGAGAGGAAACCGUCCUUCAGCAGUGCAGCCAAAGAGUCUUCUUCAUCAGCGUCAUCCUCCUCGGCUGGGCUGCCCACCCCUCCUCUCACCCCGUCAGACAAAAGAACAGAAGACAAACCCGCGUCUUCGUCCUCUAACCAGCCCCUUCCCUCCGCCGUCACGCCGUCCAGACCCCCCGCCUCCGCAGAACCCCUCAGCACCCCGCAGCCCCCCGUCAGCAGAGGUGAAAGCCUGUCUGGGACCCCGCUCACCACAUCGGCGAGGAUCUCUGCUUUGAACAUUGUCGGAGAGCUGCUGAGGAAAGUCGGGAGUCUGGAGUCCAGGCUGGCAUCGUGUCGGGAAUAUGUCCAAGAGCAGACGGCGAAUCGCAGAGCUCACGCUGGUGGACAGGGGGCAGCAGCGGGUCAGAGCAACUCCUCAGAGAGCCAUCCAACCAACGGCCUCUACAACAAGGGGCUCGUUAAGAGGUUGGAUUUAGGAGCUGGAUCCAAGCUGCUGCUGUGAAAGUAAAAAUGCUGCUCGGCCCGUCUUCUCCAUCCACCCCGGGUCUCCCGAACGUGACACAGGUAUCGCCCUUGUCGCCUCUUCAGGACACAGAGUACCGAAGCUCUGCGGACACGUUACUCCGGACACGUGGGGAUUUUUUUGUUUCUUCGUUAACAGGACUCUUUUCAGCACUCGCACUUGGCUUUGAACUGAUCUACUGGACCCUCUCAGCUCCUUUUGUUUGGAUCUUCUUGUUUUCCCCUCUCCCUCUAAAGUUUUGUUCAGAUUAAACACAAAGUGAGCUUGAGAGACGUCUGAUGGCUGAACACUGGACAGGCACCUUUAUGCACACACCGGGGGGAAAAACUGCCUUUAAACCUCCCGACAGUCAAAAAGCUUCCACCAUCAGGAGUGUCUCUGAUUUCACACAGAGAGGAGAUGAUAAGCACACGUGGUGGCCUAGAAAGACGAUAUGUUUACACAUUUUUACAGACUGAGCAGAGACUUUGACCCUACAUUACUUAGGGCUGGGCAAUGUGUCGAUUUGGUAAAUACGUCGAUAUAUUUUCAAAAAAUACACAUGGUUUACUUCUACGUGUAGUGUGAAUAAUGACUUGAAAUUUAACGGUACAUGUUAACUUAAUGUUUGUGGUAGCAGAAAACUUGAGGAGAGGGAAAUCACUCCAGACUUCGUUAACAAAAACACAUUUUUACCUCGCAGAAAGCCGGAUUUACCCGUCACUUCAGAUCCAAACUGACUGCAGGGUUUCUGCCGUUGUGCUACAACCCUGCCCGAAGCUGCUGGGAUUAAUGUAACCACUGUAACCACCUUUAUUAUAGUAACUAAAGCUAAACUAAAAGUGCGGCGUGCCAAGUCAACUACUAAAGGCCCAUCUUGAGCCAGGAAAUACCCCGGAGGUGUUUCCCAAACUCCCAUGCCACCACGUUUAUUAGAAUAUUAAUAAUAAAAAACUGAACUGAAACUAAAAAUCCACUGCAGGAACCAACCGAAACUAUUGAACGACUAACUCUGCCAGUAACCCAGAAAAGCCACCGCCGUGCAGUAACAUGAACUAAUGAUGAGCCGCUUCUGCUAUGGCAGGUAAACUUCCUGUUUUUGUGAAUGGAGUCUGGUGGAGCGUAGCAGCUUCAUGUUUUACCACAAAGAGCAACUGUGAAAAGUCUUUGAAACAGAGCUUCCACCUAAACCCACAGUGACUGAACCUCAAACAAGCAGCGUUUAUGUUCAACAGCAGAAAGAAAGGUGGACACAGACUGUUGGUUAGUGGUCAUGUGACCGCUCAGGAUGUAAUGUGUAUUAAUGUUUUUGUCCAUAUCGCCCAGCUCUAACAUGACUGAAGAUUUUACUGCUGACUGAGGCAGCAAAGCUCAGAAGAAAUAGUGUUGUUACCUUUGACCUUUUAUAAGGAAGUCACAGACAGCACGGUCACAGAAAGGUGACGUGAGGGGAUUAAAAAAAACUCAAUUUUUGAAGGAUGUUGCGACACCAGGUGACCAUUUUGGGAUGUAUCUAUGAAAGGUGUCUAAAUGUGUUUAUGACGAUUAAUUGAAUGUGAGAAGUUGGCUCCUCUGCAGCUCCAUGUGGCUCUUUGGCCUCGUUCUCUGUGGUUCACUCUUUGCCUUCCGGUUCUCGGGCAGUUCUCCAUGAAUUUCAUUUUAGUUUGUCAAACUCAGACUAAAAUCUAAAUGUAAGAUGAAAUAAAGUCGGUGUUAGUGAGGUUCUGUGAAAGAAAAAACCUUUAAGUGACUUAAAUUUGGUAAAUUUCCCUUUAAAAUCCCCCCCCCCCUUUUUUUUUUUUUUUUUUAAACCCGUCGACCUCUAGCCCAUAAAUGUGAUGAGCCUAGAAUAGAUUGAGGUGGGCAGAACACAGUAAACGGUUUUGAUUGGGUUUAUUAGUGUUAUUGUCUUAAUUAUGGACUUCCUGAGUUUGUCAUUAAUAACCUGAUUGUAGAGGAAGGAGGGUUUCUCACAGUUUAAGUUUGUGGCUGUCUGUCCACACAUGUGGCGUUCAUAAUUCUGUCAUCUACAAUUAUUUCACGAAGACUAACCAAUGGACAUAAUGAGCUGGUCUAACUCCACCCUCCUGGAUUGUAACUGGUAGUCUUUGUUCUCAGUGUAGUGCAGCGUAAACCAGUUCUUCACCACUUUGCUGUUUUUAACUCGCAGUCCGACUGCAGGAUGAAACUUUCUGAAGAAGCAGCUGAAUGAUUUCUUUCAAAAUUGGAGUGAAAGCAUUGUCCACCUCCAAUGGUGCGUUCACACUAAAGAAUCGAAGAAUCAUCAUAUGAAAAUCCACAAUUAUUCAAUCGUGACAGCCAACGAGACGAGGAAGAGUCCAGCCCAUAGCUGGAAUAAAGUUUCAGUAGCAUAUUUUCAGAGUUUCACAGGAAGUCUUCCUUUUCUCCACGUUCUCCAAGUUAAGUUGAGUAAUGCCUCGAGAUUCAAACAGCGACUGGUGUCAGGAGAAUCUCAGCUGAUCGCCUGAAAUAUUUUUACCUCCAUUCAUGUCACCAGCUCUCCUUCUUUGCAUAAACUUUGAUUCUUUUUUCUGUGAACGCACCAUAACGCUCAGAUGAAGAAGAUGAACCCAAUAAAACCGGUUUUAUUUCUCUGUGUGGUGGAAACAUUAGGAAAGAUUAGCCGUGGAUAUUCAUCGUUCCUGGAUGAUGAUUACUGAUGAUUCUGGAGACUUCCCUUCAGACCAAAGUUCAGUUUUAUACUUAAAAUGUCUCACUUAAAUCAUCAGAUUGACAUGAAAUUUACAGGUACCAUUAAUGCCUCUAACAGGGUGAAACUUUAUAACUUAUUGUAAAUUCCUGCAUUAAAAAGAUCUACUUUUUAACCUUCCAAAACGAACCAAAGCUACCAACAGAAUGUAAAUAACUGCUAUAAAUUUGUGCCCAAAUUGUACCAGGAUAGAGUGCAGCAGGUCUGGGAAAGCAGCCGCAACAUCUGGUGAAACACUGCCCCCUGCUGGUUAAAGAUUGCAAACGGUAGUUACAAAAAGUACCUCUGGCGACCCUCAGGAUAUUUCAGAUGAGCUUUUAUGCUUAGAAAACUAUUUGUUCCGUCCAAAGGUUUGAUGUUAUAGCUAACGUGUAGAUGUUAGACUAUUCUAAUGAUGGAGAUUUGUGAGAUCUGUGUGGCAGACGGGUAGUUUAGGCACUUUUUAGUCUGUGGAGACAUUUGUUAGAUCCCUCUGCAGGGCCACUUCUGUCUUUCCAGGAGUGAAAUCUGAAACAUCUUCUGUUUCUUUGGAGAUUCGAUUACUUCAGUGAAGGCUACUCGUGUUUUAUGUUAAAAAAAGUAUGUCGUAGUGUUGUCUACUCACUGUAGGGUCACUAAAAUGUAGGAUGAGGAUGUGUAGGUUGGGUUGCUCAAGUCUUGAGGCAGGACCUGUUAUAAGUAGCUGCUCAGGGUGGGUGUAAAGCAACAGGCUCUGGUGUUUUUCUUUUGCCUUAUGUGACUCUGUAAAAUAAAGUGCUUGCAUGCUCACAUGAAGUGCUGAAGACCUGUUCUGGCCUUUGUUGUUUUUUACCUUCAGCGCUGCUUCUGAAAAAGCAAUAAAACUUGAAA